AAUCUUUGUUUAACCUUUUCGGUUUCUCCGUCGUAUCAGUUCGCCGGCAGUUUCCAGCGGCGACACUAUUUUCAUUUUUCACGUGUUUAUUUUGAUUUUUGAAGCUAUGCCUAAACGAACAGCAGAAGCGUCUCUAUCACCUGGAAUCCAAAGAAACAAACCAGACUCUUUAAGCAAUUACAGAUCUCAAGUAGCUGAGCUUUUGUCUCAAGGUGAGAGGAUCUCGUGUCAUCAUGAUCAACAACAAGACAGUGAGAGGCAUUCUGAGAGUGUGAUAGGAGCUGGGAUGUCGAAUUUCGAGAAAGAGAAUUUGAAUGUCUUGUUAAGGCAGUGUGUGAGGAAUCUGACUCCAGAAGUUGAUGAGUUGCAGCAAUGUGUAUGCACCAUGUCCCUGAUUUCACAGCUUGGCAACAAAUGUCAGUCAUCUUCACCGAGCAGUUUUGUUCCUGAGGAAUCCCUAGGGGCGAGCGAAGAUGAUAUUCAACUGCUUCUGAGGUCUGACCCUGAUAUGGUCAAGAACAUAACGUCCCAGUAUUCGAACGUUCUGUUUUCCAAACUGGACAAUAUGCAGCAGGAACUCGAGAAUCUUCUUGACGAUGUGGUGGCCACUUGCAGACCUAUGACUCGUGAUGAAAUCCGUGAGCUUCAGAAAUCAAUCAAAGAGCUUCCUGAAAGAAAUCUCAACCGUGUUGCUGAAAUAGUAGGAAACCAUUGCAUAACAUCUGAUGGAGAUUUCAAUGAUAAGUUUAUAGUCAACCUGGAUGAGGCGGACAACAUCAUGCUAUGGAGAUUGCAUUUCUAUAUAAAAGCAGUCAAGAGUGCCCGGAGGCUCGCUCCGUAGCUAACUUAGGCUGUAUACAUGGUUACUGGUUAGGAUGUUAAGUUGGGUCAAAUUCUCUGGGAGCUCUCCCAAACUAAAAACAAAUUCUCUAUUACUCUUUGCUAUAAUAACGAAUAUUGUUUAUAUUUA